CAGGUUUGGUCAGACUUUGGGGGAAAUUUUUCUUUAAACAUCUUGACUCUAAAGCUAAAGCACCGCGUGUUUUUUCACUUGUAAAUGGUUAGUAGGCCUAUUGGAAAUAUAAUGGACUGGAGUGUGUUUGGGGUAAGAAUAAGAUGUUUGUUUGUAUUUAGAAUCUGCGUCACGGGAUCAGUAGGAUGUACUUAACUCUAAUGUAGUAAUGUUGGGAGUAAGUUUGGUUUUAAUACUCCUAAUACUUGCUGUAGUUAUGGAUUUAAAACGCACUUUAAUAAAGUCUGUGGGUUAUAGCGCUUAACUACGCAAGCAUACAGGAACCCGCCCUUCAGCGCGACACAAGGCGGAUGAGACUGAGCUGCUCUGUGGGGUAAAGGCGAGAGGAAAUGCCAUGCCAUCGCCCUGGUUCUCAGAUUUCUCUGCACGUAGACUGCUUUUAAAGGAGCCGUUACCACGUCCAUCUAGCUCUCCAUUUGGGUUAUGUGGUUAUAGUACGAUAUGUAAGAGAACAUGCUGUUACAUUAUCUUUUGCUUAAUCGUUUGGAUCCUGAAACUGCUCCCUCCCGGAGUGUCUCCUCCUACCGCUGAUAUGACAUCCUCCGCAGCCUCCGCAGCACAGAGACACGGCGCUCGCGUGGAUGCCUGAAAAUGCCCUGAAAAGGGGUAUAGCAAGCACACUUUAUUUGGAGGAUAUAGAAUAUGCAAGAAUGUGUUGCCCUGCUCUUCUGCCGCUGAUGGCCCAAAGCUCCCCGGAUCAAGUGGAAAAACCCAGGCACCAGUGACUUGGUUACCAUCAGACUGGAAAAUAUGGCACCUCAGCAACCUUCCAGCAUGGAGGAGCAGUCAGGGGAGCUAUGUGAGCCUGAAUCUGAGGAGGGAGAAAAACAAGGACCAGGACCCCCUUCUGAUCAAGCUCAUCCAGUUACCGAUGCUCCAGAUGGAGGCUGGGGAUGGGUGGUCCUGGUGGCAACCAUCCUUGUCUUAGCUCUGACGCUGGCCUUCCCCUCCUGCAUUGGCAUCUUCUACUUAGAUCUCCAGGAAGAAUUUCAAGCCAGUAACAGUGAGACGUCUUGGGUGCCAUCGAUAAUGACGUCAGUUUUGCACGCCGGAGGUCCUCUGUGUAGUGUGCUGGUGGAGCGCUUUGGUUGCCGGGCGACAGUGAUGUUUGGGGGAGUGCUGAGUGGUUUUGGGAUGGCGGUCAGCUCUUUCUCACGUUCCACCGUUGAUUUGUAUAUCACCACUGGGGUCAUCACAGGUCUGGGUUUCUGUUUCAGCUUCCAGCCCGCGGUCACAAUACUUGGCCACUACUUUGUGCGCCGUCGUCCUUUUGCCAAUGCCAUGUCCUCCACUGGUACUGCUCUGGGUCUGUCUACAUUACCUUUUUUAGGUGACUAUCUGCAGAAUACGCUGGGCUGGAGAGGGAGCUUUCUGGUACUCGGUGCCGUGCUGCUCAACUGCUCUGUUUGCGGAGCCGUUAUGAGACCCGUCAGGCCUCGCAAGCCCAGAAAGUCAGAGGUGAUGAGCAACGGUCCCAGACCCGCAGGCAAAAAGGGAUGUGUGCUGGGGAUCUCUCAAGGUUUAGCAUCAUCCCUCAGAAAACACAUGGCCUUUGACCUCUUCUGUAGUAACCUGCGAUUUCGAGUGUUUUCACUGGGGAUCACUUGGAUGAUGCUGGGGUUUGUGGUGCCGCUUAUUUACCUCGUCCCGUACGCAACAGCUCACAAAAUGGAUCCAAGCCGAGCCGCCCUGCUGCUCUCCAUCCUGGGCUUUGUCAACAUCCUUGUGCGUCCUCCUGUCGGAGUGCUCUUCAGCCUAUCCUGGUUUAAAGGUCGACACAUCUACGUUUUCUCAGCGGCACUCCUCGUAAAUGGACUCAGUAAUAGUAUCUGCUGCAUUUCCGCCAGUUUCCCAGUGCUGUUAAUGUAUGUGCUGACCUACGGACUGUCCAUGAGCGUGGUAGGCUCACUGAUGUUCACCGUCCUGAUGGACACGGUGGAGAUGAAUCGAUUCCCAUCUGCGCUCGGCCUGUUGUCUAUCAUGGAAAGUGUUACGCUGCUAAUUGGACCUCCUCUCGCAGGAAUCCUUGUGGACCGGACUGACCAGUACACAUAUGUGUUUGUGGCCUGCAGCAUCUCGGUGGCCUUAUCAGCUCUGUUCCUUAUGGUUUCCUUUUACUGGCUGGACUCCCGUGAUGCAGCCCAGAAGAACAGUUCACCAGCGUCUGGGUCUGCAGCUAAGCCUGCUGUCAAUUUGGCCAUGGACUGCCAGUACAGCAGUGUGCCUACAGAUGUGGACAAGACAAAUAACCCAUCAUCAGAGGCAGAAACAGUCACAAAUGUAUGACCUGGAUCAGUGUUCUUUGUAAUCGUUAUUCGUAUCAGGUACAAAAAUAUGUUUCUUUGCCAUUUAUUAGUAGCACAGAAUGCGCUGUUUAUAACCGUUUUAUUUCAGCAUCAAACCCUGGUUGUUUUGUACAGUAUGUUGUUAUAUGACACUGGCUUUUGUAAACAUCCUGUCUCGCAUCACUGGUUUGCCUUAUACAGUAUAUUAGUGCCAUGGCACAACAAUGACAUCCGUUAAUGCAGUCCUUUGAAUUCAAGUAAAUAUUAUAUACGCUUCUUCAUUCAAUGCUGAAGUUGUUUGCCCAGGAAAUUAAGCUAUUUCAAGUCAGGAAAUGUUGAGCAUUGUGACAGAUUUUUUUUCAUCUCAUGCUUAUGCUAUUCAAUUUCCUCAUUUUUUUUGCCAGUUACACUACUCUUCAACAGUUUGAGGUUGAUAACAUUUUUGAAAGAAGCCUGUUAUGCUCACAAGUCUGCUUUUAUAUGUUUAAAAAUACAGUAAAAUCAGUAAUAUUGUGAAAUAUUAUUACAAUUUUAAAUAACACUUUUCUAUUUUCAUAUAUUUUAAAAUGUAGAUUAUUACUGUGAUGGUAAAGCUGGAUUUUUAACAGCCAUUACUCUGGUAUUCAGUGUCAUAUGAUCCUUCAGAAACCAUCUGGUGCUCAAGAAACAUUUAUUAUUAUUAUAAAUGUUAAAAACAGUCAAGUUGCUUACUUCUUUUGAUUUUUUUGUAAAUUCAAAAGAACAGCACUUACUUGAAAUAGACAUUUUCAGACUUUUAAUUGAAUGUCUCCUUGCUGAAUAAAAGUAUUAAUUUCUUUUAAAAAAUCUUGCUGACCUCAAAUGUUUGAACAGUAGUAUAUAUCACACUGUGUUGUUUUAUACACUUUUUGUGUCAUAAGACCAUGCACUGAAAGACCUGACCCUUAAGGAAGAUUGUUGGUCUGUUGCCUCCACACAUCCGGUUCCCAAAGGGUAGGAAAGGUACUGUAUAAUAAAUCAGUAGAACAUUGUUUUGCUAUUAUUGCACAUAAGCUCAUAAGGUUUUCUCAGUACAAGUUACAGACAUUCUUUAACCAAGAUUUAAAACUCAGACUUCAUGUUUUCUGGCUCUCAGCAAGUGCUUGAGUAUGACAAUACUUAAAUAUUUGUUUGUUUGUUAGUUUCAUGAGAUAGUACUGAAUAAGAUUGUGUUUGAACCAAGGGUGCAAAGGGCCUAUUUUUACUGAGUGUCAUGAAUUACGAGUGUCACGUUUCACUUCAUGCUGAUUUAUAUGUAAACUCAUGUAAACUGUUGUUGGUUGUCUUAGUUGCUCUGUUGUUUUGUUACUUUGCCAAAGCAAAUGACCAACUUAUAUAAGCAGAAAGGCCUACAAGCCCCCUGAGAGACUAUCAUUUAUAUCAUAGUGUAUAAUACAAAGUAUUUACUACAAUAAAAAAGUUUAUUUCUGUACUCAAUUUAAAUUUAAUAAUAAAGAUUAGCA